CUUUUUUAAAACUAGAAGUUUGGUUUAUAAUUGCAUUGUGGGAAUCAGCUCUUGAAAGGUACAGUUUAAUUGCAUGGUAGGGAUCAAACCCUGAGAUGUGUCGUUUAUAAUUGCAUAGUGGAGAUUAGAUCUUGAGAGAUGUGGUUUAUAAUUGCAUGGUGGUGAUUAGAUCCUGAGACACGAAAUGAAUAAGGUGUCUUAAGGGAAGAAUUUAUAUGCAGAAGAACAUUUUUUUUUUAAACUUAUUUUGUGGAUUUUGCUGAAAUUCCAAAAAAAAUUUUUAGCAAAUAUUUUUGAAUAUCCAUUAUAAAUAAAAUGCACAAAAAUUUAUGCAAAAAAUUGUUUCCUUAAGGUAUUUAAAACUUUUGCUUUCAUAUUUUGCCCUUAUGGUAUGUGUAUAAAAACAUUUUACAUCAAUUUUUAAAGCUUUAGCUUAUUUUCUUUUAGGUUUCAUCCAAACUGACAAAAAGAAUAUUAUAAUGACUGAAUGCCAUGCCCCAAGAAAAUUAUGCACAUACCAAAAUAAAUCCGAAAAGUAUUUAUAUACAAAAAAGAGAAAAUUUGAUUUGCAAUACUCACAGUUAUAUGCUGUGAGAUUAAUCGCAUUGAGAAAACGACUUCUAAACACAUGCACUGAGAAAUGGGGAAGUAAGUACCCUAUUAAACAGCUGUCCGAGAUUACCGAGAACGAAGCAUGUUGUAUUAUUGGAACUUUAUUUCGUAAAAUGGAAUUACAACCAAGUAUAUUAAAAGAAAUAUGUCAAGAGGAGGGCGUUUUACCCAUUCCACACUCCACAAAGUAUAUUUCAGAGGAGGAUGAACUAAUUUUAGAAGAACAACAACAAAGAAUUCUACUAGUUGGAAACAUAUCCACAAUAAUUUCAAUAACAGGCGUUGUGGUUGCUGUUGCAGGAUAUCAAAUACCAGGUGGUAAAUUCUUCAUUGAAGAUACUUGUUAUUGUGGAGUACCUAGUAGCACUAACAUUAACAUCGACCAAAGUUUAUUAAAUGGAGAGGACAGAUACAUAAUUUUGCUUUCCGGGUUAGGGAUUGGCAGUAAGCAGCAGAAUAUACUAAAACUGCAGAUGUUGAUUGAUUUGCUGACUGGAAAACUCUCAUCAGGAGAAGAUCAGUUGAAUCAAGCUAACAUAUGUCGUGUUAUACUUGCUGGUAAUUGUUUGAGUCGUGACACCCAAGACAAAGAUUCCGAAAAAAUUGCGAAAUAUCUCAGUCGAAACACGCAAGCGAAGAGCGUGGAAGCGAUAAAAUUGUUUGAUGAAAUGCUUGUUCAAAUUGGUUCUUCGGUCCCUAUUGAUGUUAUGCCUGGUGCACACGACCCAACAAAUCAGUUCUUACCGCAGCAACCUCUACACAAGUGCAUGUUCUCGAGCGUGUUGUCAUAUCCAUAUGUACAAAGUGUUACAAAUCCAUACGAAGCUGUCAUUGGUGGAGUGAGGAUACAUGGAACAUCUGGUCAGAAUGUAUCAAAUAUUUAUCAAUUUUCUGGCAUGGAUGACCGUCUUGACAUUCUAGAAGCAACAUUGAAGUGUGCUCACGUCUGCCCUACAUCACCUGAUACGCUAAGUUGCUAUCCCUUCUAUUCCGAAGACCCGUUUAUCAUCGAUGAGUGGCCGGAUAUAUACUUCGCAGGUAACCAACCUGAUUUUCAAGCAAGAAAAACGGAAGGUGCAGACGGACAAUCAGUUUUGCUGUUGUGUAUCCCGUCAUUUGAGGAGAGUGGUGUGUGCGUCGCUGUGAAUCUUCGUGAUCGUUCGUGUAUUCCUAUACAUGUUAAUGCAACUGUCAGAUGAUAAAUAAAAUGAAGUUUUUAUAUGAUUAUUUGUACUCUGUUUAGAAGUAGAGUUUAUAAUAAAAGUUUAAAA